GGGUUGAUAGCGAGAAAGAUGUAUCGAUCAUGGCAACCGGUUGACUCUGAACCCUAAUGUGAAUAGCUUUGAGAGUCUGUUUAGACUCGGGCCAUAACAGUAUCAAUCGCUCUCGGCUCCGCCUAUAUAUGGAGGCUCUUUUCAACGGUGGUGAUGGCAUCUCCUUGUCUCUCUCCGCCAAGCUCACCUCACCCCAUGCUCUAAAGGACAGCUAGACAGCCGAGCCGCACCACUUCGACACCUCAUCUCGAAACACGACACCGACCGCCACAUCGUGGGCAACCACCAAUCGCCAAAAUGCAACAGCCUGGCUUCCACCACACGCCGAUAACGCGCACCCUCCUCUUCACUCUCAUCUCAACCAGCCUGCUCAGCACCCUCACCUCGACGAAACCGUACUUCCACCUCCAAAUCCACCCACACAUCCUGGGGCAGCACCAAUUCAGUCGGAUACCGCUCUUCCAGCUUCUCUACGCGAACUCGGGGGAGCUCCUCUUCGCCUCGCUGCUGCUAUACCACCUCCGGCUCCUCGAGCGCCUCUUCGGCUCACGGAAGUACCUCAGCCUUCUCAUCUACACCUAUGCGGCCACAAGUCUCGCCGUACCGGCGGUAUUAUUCCUCGGCUGGGGCGUGACCCGUGGAAGGUGGAACUACGUACCGCCUGGGCCCACGCCACUCCUGUUUGCGCUGCUGGCGCAGUAUCACGCCGCGGUACCGGGGACAUACAAGUUUGGUGUGGUACUACCCGGAGGCGCGGGAGAGCUAAAUGGGAGCGAUAAGGUGUAUGCAUACAUCCUAGCACUACAGUUGGCUGCGUGUCAAUUGCCCGGGAGUGCGGCGGCUGCGGCGGUGGGGUGGGUUGUGGGUUAUGCGUGGAGGUUGGAUUUGCUGCCGAAGACAAGGUGGAGGGUCGGACGGUGGGCAGUUAGGAUGUUGGGGGGGCAGGACGAGGGCAGGGAGUUUGAGGGAUUGAGAAGGCGGUUGCGAGGGGAAUUGCCGGAGGAGGAAGGCGCCGGUCCGAUCGUUUGGAGGGUGUUGGGUCAGUUUCGGGGUAGGUGAUAGGGUUGCGAUACCGUGCUGUUUAUGUUCUUGCUUCUGUCGUGAUGUAUAUAAUACGCCUUUGUACUCCAUGUAGAUUUAGUACAGUGAUAUUGUUUUAUUUGAAAAUGAGGCCCAUAACACUUCUGACCUGGCAGCAAUGGAAAAGGAAAACGACUUCUGGAGUUCUUCACGUAUUCC